UCCAUCACUCCCUAUUACACACACCAGCCUCCAUCACUCGACAUCUGCCAUCGGCCUCCACACAAACGGCAGAGGGUGAUGUCUCUAAGGGCGUUGUUGAAGUCGAAGUUGAAGACGACCACCACUGCUUCUGCUACUGCUUGUACUACUUCCCUUGUGAAACAAAUCCUCCGCCGCUUAUCCUUAUCUAGCCGCCAUGAAGAAGAAGAAGAACAACAACAUCGUUGUCAUCACCAGCACACCCGCACGAGCCGAAUCCUGAUAUGCUACAGAGAAACUAGAAAGUAUCUUGGAUCAGAAACCGUGGCACAUUAUUACUCUGCAGAGAUCAAUGAGGGAGGCAAAAAUAUAGGACCCGCCACUCUCGUCUUCACAGUUCCUGGUAUAUCAGCUCUAACGGACCUUUAUUUUUAUCAUCUUCCUCAUAAAAUCUAUGAUCCACUCAUCAAAGAAGGAUUUCUGCUUCUUCGCAAUGAUAAUCCUGUGAAAGGCAGUACUAUAGAUAUCUUAAACAUCAACACAGCCGAGAUCAAUACUGCAGAGCGUUUCACUGUUCACCUUCCAGAACACUUUAGUUAUUUCGGUUUUGGGUUUGAUCCUUUGUCCAACCAAUUCAAGUUGUUCAGUUUUCGUAGCAUUCUCACGCUGUUCAGUCACGACGUUAACAAUUGGAGAGAGAUAGAGCCUGAAAACUACUGCGGAAUUCACUUGAAUCAGAUAAGGUAUGCUCAGAAUGAUUUUGGUGUUUCUGUUAAUGGGGCAGUGUAUUGGCUUGUCAAAAUGUAUGACGACCUGUUUAAGGUACUGGCAUUUGACCUCCACGAAGAGACUUUUAGACUCAUCACUAUCCCUGGUGAGUUGAAAUCAAACAAUAAAACAGCUCUUUUUUUGGAUUGUGGACGCUUGGCUUUGAUAAAUGGGUUGCAUGACAAGUUGGAUGUUUGGAUAUUGGAGGAGGACUACCACAAUCACAACUACUCUUGGGUUAAACAAACUAUUCGUUUUCCUUUUGAUAUUUCUGAUUUGACGCCGAGGAGUCACAUUCUUGCCAUCGACACUAACACUGGUGAGAUCUUUCUGGAAGCUCAUGCGUAUAAAGAGGAAAUGCCGUUUCUCUAUUAUCAUACAAAGACAGAGUUUUUGAAGAGGUUUGGGGUCACGGGAGUGCCUCAAUGGUUGGUAAUGAAAUCUGACAGUUGCCGAUUCGUCGGCAUUACCUUCUAUGAUGAAGUAGGGAAAAUCAGUUGUAGCUGCUAGAAUCAUAUGCUGACAUAGUUUGUUUAGAGACAAGAUGUUUAAUGGGCAGUAGAGCUCCUUAAAGUGACUACACAAAGACAUCAGUAUCAAGACUCCUAAACAGGCAAUAACAGGCAAGAUCUUGCUUGUUAAGGUGUGUCUUUCCUUCCUUUUAUCCAUAGUUUACAAUAUAAUGGCUUUUAAAAUAGUAUUGCUUAGGGAAUCUGGCCACUAGUAAUGGUAUUUACAUAAUUGGGUGUUUUAUACUUCUCUCAUGUCCCUAUCAAAUUUAAUCAUAUUGAAGAAGUGUGUAUGUUGU